GACAAAAAUAACUCUACUGUUUCACCAUGCACCAUCAAGCCAACAACAUAUUGCUCAGCCACGCUUCAUUCAGACGACACACAGACACCCUGCAGGGGCCACACGUCACCCUCAUGGGGAACCAGAAGAAUCCCUGGAUCUCUGCUCUGGUCUUGGUGGGUCUUCUACAUAAAGUUAGUGGACUAUCCAAUACCCAGGUCUGCAACACAGCUGUAAGUGACACUAUACACAACUAUGGUGUGAAAACCCUAAAUGGGACCCAGUUCAUGCCAUUCUCCCAUUAUGCUGGAAGGCAUGUCCUCAUUGUCAAUGUGGCCACCUACUGAGGACUCACCUUCCAGUAUGUGGAAUUGAAUGCACUGCAACAGGAGCUCCGAGAUGUUGGAUUCACUAUCCUUGGGAUUCCAUGCAACCAAUUUGGGAUGCAAGAGCCUGGAAAAAAUAAUGAAAUUCUUUCUGCAUUAAAGUAUGUCCGUCCAGGCAAUGGAUUUGUUCCAAAUUUCCAGUUAUUUGAGAAGGUGGAUGUGAAUGGAGUCAAUGAACACACUCUUUUCACAUUUUUAAAGAAUGCCUGCCCACCUGUGGGAGACAGCUUCGGUAACCCCACCAACAGAUUGUUUUGGGAACCUCUCAAAAUCAACGACAUCAAGUGGAACUUUGAGAAGUUUCUGGUGGGUCCAGACGGCAGACCUGUAAUGAGGUGGUUUCCCAGAGUGAACGUAUCUGAAGUUAGGGCAGACAUCUUGAAAUACUUCCAUCAGCUUGUUCAAAAGGCUGAUUAACAUUAAAACAGUGGAUUUAAUUGCACAUUCAUCUCUCUCUCUCCAGCAUAAAAUGUGUUCAAAUAGUCAAAACAGGGUUUCUGCAGGUUUUAUGAAGGGAGAUUUAAGACCCUUUUAAAAUCAGUUAAAGAAAAUGUAAGGAAUAAAUUGAAGGAAAAGCAAUACGUCAAUAUGUUCUCUAAAUCUUAAUGUCUAGGGAACCUCGGUAUUUCUUGUUUUCCCGUGCAAAUGUCUAAAGAUGUCUUAAGAGUCUAAAAACAGGAUGUAUAGAAAAGCAAAAAGAUAAAUUGAUUGGCUCGGAAAAAUCUACUUGAUUCAAGUUUUAAACAACAAAAAAAAAGUUUUCUUGAUUUAAGGAUGUUUAGAUAUUUGUAUUGGGGAAAAGGACAAAAAUAGUGAAGAAUAUGAUCUUUUUUUUUCUCAAGUGCAUGCAACAUUUAAUGCCAUUAUUUAAUGAAUUUAAGACUUUCUACGCUGAUUUAAGGCCUUAAUUUGUGGAACGGCGAUGUAAGACUUUCUAAGACCCGCAGAAACCCCGUAAAAGCAAGAUUGCAUGUGGCAAAGUUAAAAAAUGUAAACCUUUGUGAAUUGUUGUUACAAGAAUUUGAACAGUAUGAAAUUGAAGUCAAAUGAUUCCCAGACUACUCCUUCUAGAGGCUGUCAAUGGGUCGGUUUGGAGACUGGCAUGUUGAUGACGGGAAGGCUUGAAAACAGACACUCUGUGGUGCCUGACCUGAGGUCGAGGGCCAGCGGGCAGCUCUUUAGUGCAUUCAGGCUGCUCUGCUGUUGCUUUUCGAUCAUGUCUCAUCUCCUAAACUAUCCUUUGAACUUGCUGCCGCCUCUGUGGACGUUCAGUAAAUAAAGACUAAAAAUGCAAGAAACAAAA